AUGGGUAAAAAGAGAAAGGCCGGUGGCCGUCCGGCGCAAAAGACCGAAGCCCCUGCGCGCACCAAGUAUGAUGUCGAAGAACGCUUCGACUCCUCUGAGGAUGACUUCCAGACCGGCCGCGACCAGAUCCUGCUGGACGACGGCCCAGAGACCAAACGGCGCCGGAGAGUUGCCGAAGAAGAGGAGAUGCUUCAGCCCUCCGACGAGGAAAUCCUAGGCUACGAGGACCAGGACGAGGACGACUUCGAAGGCGAAGAGGAAGACGAAGAUGAUAUGGGUGUCCCCAAGGGCCGCCGUGGCGAGGAGGAUGAUGAGGAAGAAGAAGAAGGUAUCGCUGCAUGGGGUUCUUCGAAGAAGGAUCUGUAUAACGCAGACCAGAUCGAGACCGAGGUUGAUGCCCUGGAGGAAGAGCAAGAAGCCAAGAGGCUGCAACAGAAGCAGCUGCAAGCUAUGGACGAGGCUGACUUCGGGUUUGAUGAAUCCGAAUGGGCGGACUCCGGCAAGGCAGAGGACGAAGAGGAUGCUGGCGUGGUCACAGAAGUGCUCCCCCAGCUGGAGAUCACCGAGGACAUGGAGACGGACGAGAAGCUCAAGAUCCUCCAGUCGAGAUACCCCGAAUUCGAGCCCCUGGCGAAGGACUUCACCGAUCUUCAAUCCACCUACAAGGAUCUACAGAAGGCAGCAUCGAAAGCCUCAACAGCGACAAAUGCGGAUGACGAUGAGCCUCAACCUGCCCCCGUGGCUGUCGUGAAGCUGCGUGCUUUGUCGACAUACCUGGGUACCAUCAACCUGUACUUUAUGCUUCUUGCUUCAUCCUCCGAUGGAACUAACGGCAGCACGCCAAUUUCCCCCGCCGAGCUUCGACAGCACCCUGUGAUGGCCUCUCUUGUGAAGUUCCGGAAACUCUGGGAGAAGGUCAAGGAUCUCGAGAUUGAGGAGGUUGUCGAGAUUGCUAAGAAAUCCAAGGCUGUUGCCAAACCUGAGUCCACUGCCCAGAAACAGAAGAAUACCAAGGAGGUCAAGGCACCCACGCCCAAGAAAUUGAGCAAGGCAGAGAAGGCGGCUCUUGUAGCACAAGCCGAGGCCGAAGCCCGCCGCGCCGAGCGUCUCGCGGAGACCGAAGCCGGCUUCGCUGAUCUGUCCAACCUGACCACCGAGCCUGGCCUGAAGCGCAAGACUAAGAAGACCAAGACAUCUGUGAAUGAAGAAGACUCCGACUUUGGUGACGAGGACGCCCUGACUGCCCGUGAAGCCGAGGAGAAGGCCAAGCAGAAGCGUUCUCUCCGCUUCUACACCUCUCAGCUCGCACAGAAGGCCAGCAAGCGUCAUAACGCUGGCAAGGAUGCAGGUGGCGAUGCCGAUAUUCCCCGCCGCGAGCGUCUUAAGGACCGACAAAUCCGCCUCAACGCCGAGGCUGAGCGCCGUGGUCGCCGACAACCCGACAUCGGCCAAGAGCUCGGUGGUGACAGCGACGACGAAGACCGCCGCAUUGCCAAGGAACUCCGUAAUGGCAACAAGGCCGGCAGUGACGAUGACGACUAUUACGACAUGGUCGCUGCACGGGGCAAGGCACGCAAGGACGACAAGAAGGCUCGCGCCGAUGCCUACGCCGCCGCAGCUGCCGAGGGCGGCCAAGUCCACAUGCAAGAGGCGGUCGGCCCUGAUGGAAAGCGUGCCAUCACGUACCAGAUCCAGAAGAACAAGGGUCUCAUGCAGAAGCGCAGCAAGGACUCGCGCAAUCCGCGUGUCAAGAAGCGCAAGAAGUUCGAGGAGAAGAAGAAGAAGCUCGGCAGUAUACGCCAGAUCUAUAAGGGUGGCGAGAGCCGCGGUGGAUACGGUGGUGAGCUUACGGGUAUCAAAAAGAACCUGGUCAAGAGUGUCAAGCUCUGA